UGUUUAAAUCAUGCACUUUCUUUUCCCAAAUUCGACUUCUGAGAUAUAAACCUUAUAAAUACCUAGAUUUCAUCAAUUUCUCUCAUUCUCUCAUCAUUGUUCAAGCAAAAAAGAUGACUGCUGUCAACAUAGUUUCUGAAGAUGGAAAAAAAGAACCGAACAAGAUGAGAAAGGCGAUAGAAAAAAUCAAAUCAGUAUUCAAUAAGAAAGAACCUAAUGAUCACAAAGAAGACUCAAGUGAGACUUCGCCAUAUUUAACCAAAGCUUUAAACGAGGACCUAUCAUUUAGUCUGUUCAAAAUCGAGCAUGAGUUGAAUCAGAGAAACUUUAUCCUUCAAAAACACAAUGAUAUUCUUCAAGGCCAAGACGAGAAGAUAUACAACCUAGUGGAGAAGUGGAAAGAUAUGAGAAGCAAGACAUUUCUUUUGCAUGAGGAGGAAUGUGUACUUAGAACACGUUUCAUUUGCUCUUGA